GUCCACUGGAAACCUCUCCCCCAAGAGGAGGGGCCAAAGUAGACCUGGCUGGGACGACAGGCAUCACCUGCUCUACUCGGCUGUCAACGACAAGAUGCAGAAAAACAUUCGGUCUUAUUUUGACCGACCGCGCGACAUUGAUGCCAACGGUCAGCGCUAUGAUCACCCGCUCAGGACCAUCUGGCAGCUCAACACGCCGGUUCAGGCGCCGCCCCCCGGAUCAGCGAUGGAGCUUUCGCCGAUGUCUACCGCGAACUUCGAUAAGCUGCUGAAGCUCUCAAGGAGUUACUCAGCUCCGAAGUUGACACCCGCGGAGCUGCGAGAGACAAGGUGGAACGGGCGGCACCAUGUUCUUUUUGCAAAGGACAACCACCACUUCCAAGCCAAUCUCCGGGAGUAUUUUGAGCGGCCCAGAUACUUGCACGUGUAG